AUGAGACCCAUUCUACUCCAAGGCCACACUCGUGCAUUGACUCAGAUCAAAUACAACAGAGAAGGCGAUUUGCUUUUUACAGUCUCUAAAGAUAAAAUUGCCAAUGUUUGGUACUCCCAUAAUGGUGAACGAUUAGGUACUUACACAGGACACCAAGGAAGUAUUUGGACAAUUGAUGUGAAUGCUGAUUCAACAUUGCUCGUCACCGGCUCAGCAGACAACUCUUGUAAACUUUGGCAAGUUCAAACUGGACGCUGUUUGAAGACUUGGGAAUUUAAGACAGCGGUUAAGCGUGUGGAAUUUAGUGAAGAUGGUUCCAUGGUUUUAUGCGUCACUGAGGAACGUAUGGGUUACUCAGGUACGGUAACAGUCUAUCCUAUCAACAACGAUAUCAACGGAACUCAAUCUGAUACACCAAUUGUCACCAUUACCAACAACGGAGGAGCUAAGGCUGUUGUAGCUGGGUGGACUUAUUUGGACAAGUAUAUCAUCACCGGUCAUGAAGACGGUACUAUUUGUCAAUGGGAUUGGAAGGCUAAAGAAAAGGUCAAGUCUAUUAAAGCUCAUGACAGUGUUUUAUCUGACAUGCAGUUCAGCAUCGAUCGUACAUACUUCAUCACAUCCGCAAAAGACAAGAGCGCAAAGAUUAUCGACCCUAUUACAUUAGACAUAAAGAAGACUUAUACUGCAGAUACGCCUCUUAACUCUGCAUCCAUUAUACCUAAACACCAAGAAUUUGUUAUCAUUGGUGGUGGUCAAGAUGCGAUGAGCGUAACAACAACCUCUGCUAGACAGGGUAAAUUCGAAAGUAGAUUCUAUCACAAGAUUUUAGAAGAAGAAAUUGGUCGUGUUAGAGGUCACUUUGGUCCUAUCAAUACAAUUGCUGUUCACCCAGAAGGAACCGGCUACUCAAGUGGUGGUGAAGAUGGUUAUGUCCGUGUACAUCAUUUUGAUCCUGAUUAUUAUACUUUUAAGCUUGAAAUUUAG